GUGCCCCUCCCCCUGCGCCCUCCGCCCUCGCGCCCCCCCUCUUGCGCACUGUACAUUCAUAUCAUUUUUCUUCUCCGGCCCCAUGGAGGAAGUGAGAAAGUUGGCACGGUCACCUAGGGCUUCGCAGGACCCGGUCCCUCAGUGACAGAUGGACAAUGCAAGAAUGAGCUCCUUCCUGGAAUACCCCAUCCUCAGCGGUGGCGACUCAGGGACCUGCUCAGCGCGAGCCUACCCUUCCGACCAUGGAAUUACAACUUUCCAGUCGUGCGCAGUCAGUGCUAACAGCUGUGGCGGCGACGACCGCUUCCUAGUGGGCAGGGGGGUGCAGAUCAGCCCACCCCACCACCACCACCAUCACCACCCCCAACCGGCCACCUACCAGACUCCGGGGAACCUGGGGGUGUCCUACUCCCAUUCAAGUUGUGGUCCAGGCUACGGCGCGCAGAACUUCGGCGCGCCUUACAGCCCUUACGCGUUAAAUCAGGAAGCAGAAGUAAGUGGUGGGUACCCCUCGUGUGCUCCCGCAGUUUACUCUGGAAAUCUCUCAUCUCCCAUGGUCCAGCAUCACCACCACCACCAGGGUUAUGUCGGGGGCGCGGUGGGCUCGCCUCAGUACAUUCACCACUCAUAUGGACAAGAGCACCAGAGCCUGGCCCUGGCCACGUAUAAUAACUCCUUGUCCCCUCUCCACGCCAGCCACCAAGAAGCCUGUCGCUCGCCUACAUCAGAGACGUCUUCUCCAGCGCAGACAUUUGACUGGAUGAAAGUCAAAAGAAACCCUCCCAAAACAGGGAAAGUUGGAGAGUAUGGCUACGUGGGUCAACCCAAUGCAGUGCGCACCAACUUCACCACGAAGCAGCUCACUGAGCUGGAAAAGGAGUUCCACUUCAAUAAGUACCUGACGCGUGCCCGCAGGGUGGAGAUUGCCGCAUCCCUGCAGCUCAAUGAGACCCAGGUGAAGAUCUGGUUCCAGAACCGCCGGAUGAAGCAGAAGAAACGAGAGAAGGAGGGCCUCUUGCCCAUCUCUCCUGCCACCCCGCCAGGAAGUGAGGAGAAGGCCGAGGAAUCUUCAGAGAAGUCCAGCUCUUCGCCCUGCAUUCCUUCCCCGGGGUCUUCCACCUCAGACACUCUGACUACCUCCCACUGAGGCCCACCCAGCCCCACACUCCGCAGCCCAGGCUACUCUGAGGGCUGGGGACUUCUUACCCAAAGCACAUUCUUAGCUUAUCUUCCUUUCCAUUUACAGUCUCUCUCUUCCUUUCUGAUCCUAUCUGGGGAGCUCCUGGCCAGGAUAAUGUGUUUCCAGAGAAUUCUAGAUUAGAGGCUUGAUUGGGGUGUGUGUGCUAACUCUUUGAUGCAGAUUAGGUGCCAUAAUCAAUUUUUUGAUGGCCCCCAACACCCCUCCCUGCUUUUAGGAGAUUUCCGCAGAAUCUGUUCCUUUCAGAUGUCCUUUGGAAUAUAGUCCCCUUUGCCAGCAGAAACAUGUCAGAGGGAGGCCUUUUACCUAUCUGUGUAUUUACAGUUCUCCCCUACUUUGCCCUUAAAGUAGGAUAGAGGGAAAGGAGAGUCUAGGAGCUCAUAAAGAAGAGAUGCACUAUGAGCGUGUUUACACAAUUAAUUCAUCCCUUUAUUUAAUUCAAUUUCAUGUGUGUGUUUGCUGGUUGUAAAUACUUUGUCCUGAGAGAUUUAUCUUUAUACAGAUUUUCUAGAAAUGUUUAGAUUAAGUGACUAAAACAGGGUGGGUAACUCAAAGCUGGUACAAUUUUAUAUGUGAUUAUAGGUGAAAGAAUAAAAUUGCUCACUUAAACUCAGUCAGAUGCCUCAGAGGGUAGCCUGCAUUUGUUCUUUUAGUGAGUUGAGAAGGCCUACAGAACACAAGGUUCGAAAACCUUGCUUCCUGUGCUAAGUCUCUCCCCAUCCCCACCCGUUUAUUGUUUCUCUGGCCACACUCCAUUUAAAAUUUGUGCGGGAUUAUUCAGAACCUAAAGGUAUUAUUCAGCCCAGCUUCUUCCUCCCACAGUUAUCUUAGCUGGAUAUGAUGUAUUUUCAGCUCAAUUGUUAAUGUGAUGGAUGGCACAAUGAAUGUAUAUUUUGUGUGAUUCGUGAAUAGUCUUUUGCAUGUCGCACAAUGUUUUGAUGUCCCCGAAAUACCACACUGAGUUAUAUCAGUCAUUCUUUGUGAGCCUAUGAUAUUCCCCCUUUCCUGUACAAUCAUGAACAGCUCUGAGAUCCUGGAGUAAUGUGAUCCAGAGCAGAGUUUACGGGUCUUAAGAUGUCUGUAAUAAAUAUAUUCAACUUUCA